GGGCGGAGCUAGCGCUGCAUCAGGACCAGUCGCCAGCUUCUGCAUCCCUCGGAGUCGGGAGCAUCCUCAGGGCCGCGGCAGAAGCACCGCCGCUGCAUCCGCUGAAGGGGCCUCCCUGCGCGCACCGGGCCGUCGCCGCCGCUCCAUUCGCGCGCCGCCAUGGCAGAGAUCGCCAGCGUCCGCCCCAGCUUCGAUGUCUCCCCGAUUGUGGCGGGCCUGAUUGGCGCCACCGUCUUAGUGGUGUCCGUCUCUAUGACGGUCUUCGUGUGGACCUGCUGCCACCAGCACGCGGAAAAGAAGCACAAGACCCCCCCUUACAAGUUCAUCCACAUGCUGAAAGGCAUCAGCAUCUACCCAGAGACCCUGACCAACAAGAAGAAAAUCAUACGGAUCCGGCGAGACAAGACGGGAGCUGCCAUGAAAGAUGGAAGAGGCAACCUUCUGGUGGACGCGGCAGAAGCUGGCCUGGUGGGUUCCGACAGGAUCUCCAGCGCGGCUCCCUGUGUCAACCAGCUCCCGAUCAAAGUCGAUUACGGGGACGAGUUGAGCCCGGACCAGAGCUUGACUCCGGCAGGCAGCAAGCCUUCCUCUCCCUCUUCCCCGGAAGAAGAGGUCACUCUGGGGACGCUGACCUUCUCCGUGGACUACAACUUCCCCAAGAAAGCUCUGGUCGUGACCAUCCAAGAAGCCCGCGGGUUGCCGGUCAUGGACGAGCAAAACCAAGGUUCCGACCCCUACAUCAAGAUGACAAUCCUGCCCGACAAGAGGCACCGGGUGAAGACGCGCGUCCUCCGCAAGACGCUGGACCCCGUCUUCGACGAGACCUUCACUUUCUACGGGAUCCCCUACAGCCAGCUCCAGGACCUGGUCCUCCACUUCCUGGUUCUGAGCUUCGACCGCUUCUCUCGAGACGAUGUCAUCGGGGAGGUGAUGGUGCCGCUCGCCGGGGUGGACCCAAGCACAGGGAAGGUCCAGCUCACCAGGGAGAUCAUCAAAAGGAAUAUACAGAAAUGCGUCAGCAGAGGGGAGCUGCAGGUUUCCUUGUCUUACCAUCCUGUCGCCCAGAGGAUGACUGUGGUGGUUUUGAAGGCGAGACAUCUGCCCAAGAUGGACAUCACCGGCCUCUCAGGUAACCCCUACGUCAAGGUGAACGUGUACUACGGCAGAAAGCGCAUAGCCAAAAAGAAAACUCACGUCAAGAAGUGCACUUUGAACCCCGUCUUCAACGAAUCCUUCAUAUACGACAUCCCCGUGGAUCUCCUCCCGGACGUCAGCAUCGAAUUCCUGGUCAUCGACUUCGACCGCACCACGAAAAACGAAGUGGUGGGCCGGCUGAUCCUGGGAGCGCACAGCGUCACGGCGGGCGGCGUGGAACACUGGCGGGAAGUGUGCGAGAGCCCCAGGAAGCAGAUCGCCAAAUGGCACAGCUUGAGCGAAUACUAGCAGGGUGAGCGGGGGGGCACCGGGCGCUUGCACCAGGCGCCCCUGCGCAAACAGACACUUGGCCUUUCAUUUCCUCCUCCUCCUCCUCUUCCUCCCGCCUUCCGUCUUAGUCGUAGAAACUUAAAGGUUUCCGUACGAAGCAGCUGAUCGGUUCUCUCUAGUGAUGUUUAACUUUUGCAGGGCACACUAAAAGUUCUAAAAAAAAGAAAAAGGGGAAAAAAGGAACUUACAAAAAGUUAAAAAAUAAAACCUAACAAAAAAAAGAGCAUUAAUUUUAAUAAAUACCACAAAACAUAUAUAUAUAUAUAAAUAUAUAUAAUAAAAUAAAAAGGUGUAACCGCACUGUUGCAUGCCGAAUACAAAAGUUAAAAAAAAAACCACAAAAAAAUAAUAAUAUAACUUUACCAAUAUCAAAAGUACAGUUUUUAAUACGAUUUAUCUGUCACUAUGAAAGUCGUGUUUUGUGCUGAACUGUAUUUGUUGGUAAUUCACCUCAAUUGGCCUAUUCAGCUUCUCUUCCAACUUAUUCUUUUUUAAUAAUAAUAAUAAUAUUGGAUUCUGGUGUUGAAUCGCUGGUUCUUUGUUGACAUCGUCUGCCCACCCCCUUCCUGUUGAUUCUUUGCAAUUCUUUGUGACUUGGGUGAUCUAAUGCUGUUGGUGUACAUGCAAUGGUUUUGGGGCAUCUAUCUUGGAUCAGAGAGAUCUCAGAGUGGAUGGAAAUGGUUCCUGGGAAUUAUAAGUGCUGCUGAAAGCAAUUCCCUCCCUGUAAAACAGGAUCCUGGAAUAAUUUCCUUGUCCUUGUUGUCCAGAACAUUGCAAGAUGCUCUCCACUCCACCCACUUCCGAAGCAGUCUCUUUCAAAGAAAAAGACUUCAUUUGGAGUUGGACCAGGAGGCAUCUAUCUCCCUCUUAAUCUUUCAAGCCAAGUCUUUGCCCUGCCUCUACCAUGAUUUGAAAGCGGGCCUCUUAGGUGUUGCUCAUCUGAAGCAGGAAAGUGCCCCUUGAGCUGUGCCGCCUGAAGCAGUGGUGCAGGCUACUGAUGUAGCAGACCCGGCCCUGCCAAUAGGCGACUAGACAGGGUUGCAUGUGCAUUGAUCCUAAUGCCUACAAGGGUGACAAGCAGGUAACUCUCACAAAGAACCCACCACCAAUGUUUAUUUACUAUUACUGUUGUCAUUAAUUAGAGCCUGGUCGGCUUCCAGUGCAUGCUUCACAGCUAGAUCAGCCGAUAGAAAUAAAUAGCCACUGGAGAUCUAUAUCUAAGCAAGAGUUUUCCAGCUCCACAACCUCCCCUUGCAACAUUCUGGGCACCUGAAAUGCUCCACCAACACUUAUUGGUGACGGAGUGCGCAAGCUUUCAAGCUGACACAGAAGCCAUCCCCAGACAGGUCAAGAUUGUCUGCUGAAGAGCUCUGCAUCAUCCAGAAGCCUGCAACUUCCACAUCAACAGAUAGGGCUGAAAGAAAAAUCAAUCUCCCCUACCCAGCCUCCUAUCCCAGGACCAACCCGUAAGCCAUUUGCAAAGCAAGGCAGAUCCAAGUUAAGGGGGAAGCCACGUGGGAAAUGGGUGUUUCAGUAUUCACCAAGUCACAUCCAUGCACUUAACUCAUCCUGUGCCCUGUAUGCUGUAAAUACUGUAUCAUACUUUAAAACAAAAACUAGGAGAAAUUGUUUCAGUGGUGGGGAGGCACCUUGGCAGCAGAGAGGUGAACUGUCUCGGCACAGCCCCGUGGGAGGUAUCUCCAUUUCACUCAGAGCAGACCCAUUGAAAUUCAGGGGCCUAAGGGAGUUGUGUCCAUCAGUUUCAAUCGGUCUGCUCCGUGGAGGUCUAACAUUGGAUGCAACUUUGUGUUUGGGGGAGAAGGAAGACUACUGGAAACCCAGCCCUUCCCUCCCUAAAAGCCCUUGGGGGUCAAGUAUCCUUCCAUGCUUGCUCUAGUUCAGGCACCCCCAAACUCCGGCCCUCCAGCUGUUUUGGGACUACAACUCCUAUCAUGCCUAGCUAACAGGACCAGCGGGCAGGGAUGAUGGGAGUUGUAGACCCAAAAUAGCUGGAAGGCCGAGUUUGCCUAUGCCUGCUCUAGUUUCUGAGUCUGGAAACGGAGUCACAUACAAACCCCCACCCCCGUCCAGGAGAGCUAGAGGGAUCAAUGCCCAGCUCACCCCCAUUUCCACCUAACGUCAAACCAGGUAGAUCUCUUGUUGAUUCACAGUUGGUUGGCAAGAGCUUCUCACUUAGCUAAUAGCAAAAACUUCACCCCUCAGAAAUAGAGCCCUGGAGGGGGAGCUGUUGUCUCCAACUAAGUGCUACUCAGAGUAGACCCAGUGAAAUUAAUGAACCUACUUUGAUGAGUCUACUCUAGCAUUUUUUGUCAGUGGGCCCUGGGUCCAGUACUGACCACAAAUUCAAAGACUGAGCACCUUAUUGUUUAAUUUGGGGGGGGGGUACGCUGCCAGCCUUGGCAACUAUUUUUUUUUGGGGGGGGGUUAUCAGGGUUCCAGUAGAUCAGCCUUCCUCAUGCUGGCCGGGGUUGAUGGGAGCUGCAGUGCACAACAUCCAGAGGGCACCAGGUUGAGGAAGGCUGCAGGAGAGUGUUGCUGGACUACAACUCCCAUCAUGCCCAGCCAGCUUAGCCAUUGGUUAGGGAUGCGACACACAGCAGUGAAGAAUGCUGAUCCUACAAGCCUGAAGCCUACCAACGCCUGCCCUAAAGGAUGUGUUGCAAGGUAAGCUAUGAAGCACUGCUGUAAAAUGGGUGAGUGGCCUCAAUACCUGCAAGUCCCGUCUGUCCCAAGUGCCAUGGCUCAAUGACCAGGGGGUGAUGGGAACUGUAGUACAGCAACACUUAGAGGGUUUUCCCCAGCCCAGGAGUAAGAUUUAUUGAGAGACAGACACUCCGAACCAUUUCAGAACGGGGAGAAUUAGGACCUCUUCUCUGCAAAGGCCAGGUUGGUGCCGAAUUUGGAAUUCAAACUGAUCAUCUUGACGCUUAAUCCUUACAUCACCCCCUUCCUCCUCAACCCAAUUUUGACCCCAAUUACUGAUAGAUUAGGGCUCAUCUUGAAUUAUCAAUAUUAAUUAUCCCCGCUUUUUUUUUAAAAAAAAACUUUUCAAUGCAAAUAAAACCCAUCUUUCUUAAGCCUAAAUCAUCUCUCCUUCUUCCAGCUGUAAAGAGGGGAAAAAAUGAAGUUGUUGUCAAGGAAAUGUGCUCAGGGUUAAAAUAGAUUUAGGCUUAUUGGGCAGAUGUGAAGAGAUCCAUUACUCCUCAGGAAUAAUGGGGAAAUAAAGAGGGUCAGAUAACAGUCGGGUUUUGGGUUUGUUUGUUUUUAUUAAAAAAUGUAUUGACAGUUGCCUCACUGUAAUAUCUCCCAAAUGUGGGUCAUUUUCGGUUGGGAUUUUGUUUUUUUUCCUUUUCACCUCGUGUCUAUUGUAAAAUUAAAAAGAAAAAAAAAUAACUUGGACAAGUUACAACUUGGUGUCAAAACAAAACAAAAAAAGUAAGAAAAAAAAUAACUUGAACCGUUGUACAACUGCAUAAUGCUGUAAUGCUAACCUAACAAAUAUGUAAUGCUACCUGUAAUGUCAAAAUUGUUUUAACGCACAUUGAGCGUUCAAAUAAAGAUGGAGUCACUUUAACUUUA